CUCAGAGCUUCAAUCCCUUAUAUUAGGGUUUGAUACUACUACCCCCUGUAGUGUAAUAAAGCUUAGAGUCGUAGGUGGAAUAAUGCAAUGGACGCGUGCGCGGAUAGUAUAAUCAUACGGGAAUAAUACUUAUUCUAGCUGAAAUUAAUUAAGAACAAGAUAUUGUGAUUAAUAUAACAAGCCAAUCACCAAGAUCUGUUCAGCAGACAUAAGGCUAUGAAUGAAGACCAAAUCCUGUUACUUCGAGAUUGUGGUGGUGUUGCUGUUAUCUGUAAUUCCCUGGCCAGGACCAUCUGUCUUUAAAAUAUCAUGCCCCCGGGAUCGCGCGUCCAUGGUGCGACGAAUCGUGCAUAAGAGAUGGAUACCAAUUUUAAAAAAGUAUCAGGUGGAAUUGCCUUUAGAAUGCCCAUUCCACAACAGUCGAGACAUUUUUUACCCUCAGCAAGUGGCCAAGAUACAGCACAGGACAUCACAGUGGACGUGUGGACUGUGCGGAAAAUCCUUUUAUGCAGAAAAACAUCUUGAUGCACAUUUUGAUAGCAGGCAUAAAAGUAAUGUCAAUACGGCUGAAGAUGCCGUUUGUUUAGCAAAUUACUGUGACAUCAUGCGUUGUGAUGUCUUGGGUAUGAUGGAACUCGAUGGUUCUUUAGUUGACGAUCCAGCAGGUUCUAUAAACACAGAUGUACAAGUUUGGCGAGAGAAUACGGAUAGUAGGGUGACACCUUACGUGCCCUGUGAAUGUCGUGAAUUAGCGAGAGUGUACAGUAGUAAUGCUGGUAGUGGUGAUAAAUCGGGAAUUAUUUCUGCAAAUCCAUCUUAUCAUCGUCACUCGAAGCAUUGCCAGACGGGUGAACGUGCCACUACAUCAGCUACUUCUUCAUCAUCAUCAACAACAACAACAUCAACGACUACCACGUCAUCUUCUUCUGGCUAUGAUCAUGAUGCUCCUCAUGAUACCGACAACAAGAGUAGCGCUUGUGAUAAUGAUGAUAACGAGGGUGAUAAUGAUACAAGCAAUUUAGUGGAAGCCGCUCUCCCAGCUGCUAGUGACAGACGUGAAAGAAAUCGUGAGUCAGAAAUGAGAAAGCUUAAGUCUAAUUGUAAUCCAGAAGAAUUACAAAAGCUCAAAAUACAGUGUGAGGUAUUAGUUCGAGAUUGUAUAGCCGGUCUACUUGCUAAUCUCUCGAUAAAAGAUUUUCAAGAAAUAGAAGGAGAGUUAAAUCGUGCAAUUUGUUGGUACUUGAGUUGUGAUAGAUAUUGGGAAGAUACUAAGCGCCAUCAACGUCAUACUCCUUGGUACCUGUUCGUUACAUUUUUGUUUUUACUUUCAUCUGGUAUAUCUGCAUGUUAUUAUGUCGUCUCUCUUCUCCUCAGUUCGGGAGACGAUGAUUGCAUGGAUGGUAGCGAGGACAAUCCAGAUUUUCAUGAUGGACCAGAUCGACCAUCUAGUUCGCUACAUGAUCCUGGAGGUGAUGGUCAGUUAGAUGAGAGACGAAAAUAUGAAGACGAAGAUAGACUGAUUGCUGCCGGAGCGAUGCCGGAUCAUUACAUUUACGUCGCUUAUCCACCAGAACUUAAACGUCGUCUUCUAGAAAGUUGCUAUAAUCGAACGACGAGGUUGUAGCUCCGCCGAAGAUGAUUUAAUAAAACAAAUAAAUACUUUUUUCGAUUAACGCACGCACAUUAUCAUGAGCAACACAUUCUUUCGUCCUUAAGUAGCCACUUGUAAAUCUAAUUAAUUACAAACAAAAAACAAAGAAAGAAAGUAUUUCCGAAGUUGAAACAAA